CCUAUUUUAAAGAGAAUGAGGACAUAGAUUAAAAGGAAUCAUUGAACUUAAAAAAAACUAAUAACAACAUUAAAAUAUUUUUGGUAUUACAGUUAAUGGUAUAAAACUGUGGAAUGGACUACAUUCAAAAAUAAAACAUUAUCCAAACAUUAGUAAGUGUAAAAAUAAAUAAAAGGAAGUAAUUGUCAAUCUUCACACAAAAACUCCCUGGAUUGAUUCUGUUGAUGAUGAAUGUAAUGAAUGCCUGUUUUUGUAAUGUAAGUACAUAAUUAUUUAUUAUGUAAUAUACAAUGAAAAAAAGUUUAUUUAUUUAUUUCUAAUUAACGCAAAUGUGUCUUAAGGAGUAGGAUUCAAUAAGGUAUAGCUGCUGCCCAUGUCACUUAUUUAUCUUCUGUCAAAUGAGCAAAUAAAUACUAAAAGCAUGAUUUAGCAAGGGUAUUGAUUUAUCUGUGGUUGUUUUUAUAAUAUGUCUGAAAUUAAUUAAAUAAAGUAAAAUAAGAUGUUUUAAACUAUGUUUGAAAUACAUUAAAUAAAUGUGCAUUUAUUAUUAUGCUUUUGUUUAAAAUGAACUAUACAAUGGGCACUAACAUUUGCAUUAUAAAAAAAAAAAAAAAAAAAAAAAGAUCUAAAUCACUUCACUUUUCCGUUCAAUCAGUUUUAUUUUGAAAUAACUACCGGAUGUGGGAAUUUUUUCUCAAUCUGUUCAAUGUGUCGUAAUAUCCGGUGAGCUACACCGACUCCUCGAACCACAAACUUUGUCAUACUCCUGCGCUUUCGUACAUUUUAAACGAAAAAUGCCAGCGAAACAGGCCAAGCCAGAGUUCAGUGAGUCUCAGGUGUCUGAGAUGUUACAAAGGCUUUACCAGCUGACAUCUUCAGAAAUCCGCUCCCUACCCAGCUAUGACGACCAGAACUUCUAUGUGGCAGCUGUGGAGGGCGGGGAGUAUGUCUUCAAGAUCAUGAACUCAGAGGACAGUAAGAACCCCGCCAUUAUUGAGGUGCAGACGUACGCCAUGUCCUUCCUCUGCCAGAAUGGACUCCCCGCUCAAACUGCCCUUCCCACCGUCUCAGGACAAGAGAUAAGUCUGGAAGAGAUGGAUUGUGGUUUUGGUUUACAGAAAUACUUGGUGCGUUUGCUGACGUACUUACCCGGAGUUACCAUUUCUAAAGUUCCUUUAUUGCCCAACUUGUUAUAUGAAACUGGAAAAAUGGCAGCAACAAUGGACACAGUUCUUCAAAAGAUGGAACAUCCUAAUAUCGGCAUUCUGCAGAGGGAGGGGUUCAUCUGGAGUCUCUCAAAUGUGCCCCUCUUAGAAGCAUACAUUGGUCCUUUAGAUGGAGAUCCCCUACAGGAGCUUGUCAAGUCAAUCAUUCAUCACUACAAAACAUCUGUGGAGCCCAAACGCCCCCACUUCCGCACAUGCAUUAAUCACGGUGACUUCAAUGACCUCAAUGUGCUUGUGCAAGCUAAUGAGAACGGUGAUUACAAGAUUUCUGGCAUCCUUGACUUUGGGGACAUGAACUAUGGCUACUACAUCCAUGAACUUGCCAUCACUAUAAUGUACAUGAUGACGGAGCACCCUGACCCCGUCCAGGUUGGUGGGCCCGUCCUUGCCGGCUGGGAAAGUGUCAUUCCGCUCAACGAGGUGGAGAAAGAAUGCCUUUAUCUGCUGGUAAUGUCCCGCUUCUGCCAGUCGCUGGUCUUAGCUCGUUACUCAGUGACUCUGCACCCAGAGAACGCAGAGUAUUUGAUGAUUACGUCCAGGAAGGGCGUCGAUAUUCUUAAAAAGCUUUGGAAGCUCGGAAAGGAGGAGGUGGAGAAGGUGUGGUUUCAAGGGGCUGCUCAGUUCAGUCACACAAAGUGACAAACAUUUUUUUGGUUAAAUUCUCCCAAAAAAAUGUUGAAGAAUUUCCUAUUUUUUUCAUUCCACAAUUGUGGAAUCGUUCAUUACUUGAUGAGUCAGCAUCUUUACACAACUCUAAAGUACAAGUGGAGAAAACUGCAAAAAGGUGGGUUAUUUUCAGAUUCAUUUUAUUACUUAUAUAAGGUUAUUUACAGUCAAUUGUUUUUCUCAAUUAAAGAAAACAUUUAAUUUGGGGAUACAAUAAAAUAGAUAGUACUUACAAAUCAGUAGGUACUGAUUUUUUAUCGGAGUUGUUACUCAAAGUAGAACUGAUACGGUAUUUCCUUCAGUGUUGUAUAUUUUAUUAUUUUUUUAGUGAUAUAUUUCAUUAGACGUUUAUCGAAGUAUUACAUUUGAACGGUUUAAUUAAAAAUGCUUACAUAUUGAAGUUAUUUUUAGCACUCCCACCAUUCAUUGCUUCAUUUUUUUAUGGGUGCAAAAGGGGACAAAUUCCAGCGGUCCAGAGUUAUAAAGUGUGCUGGCAAUGAUUAAAAGAGAGAAGUAUCAGAAAAACGCUUCACCUUGGAAAUAUAUAGUUUCAAAGCACAAAGCUUAGAGAUCAUCUGGUUUUUACAGUGUUUUCAGCAGUUUGUAUUAUUAUUUUAUUGUAAAAAAAGAAAAGUAACACUAGAAACACAUUAGUUUUGUCAUUAUCAUCCUCUCCUUUGCUUCCAUAACCUAAGGUCUGUCUCACACAAGAGAAGAGAUUCUUAAGUUGAAGUUGGUGCUUUACCUGAAUUCAUGAUUGAUAUGAUAUAACCUUGUUAUACUUUUCAAGUGACAAUGUUGUGAUUUUUUUGUGUGUGAUUAAUCUCCUCUAGGACAUUUUUUCUGUCCAAUUGUAAUUUAUGCUAUUUAAAUCAGAGAUUGUUUAUCAAACAGAGAAAGAUUCCUCCGAGUGAAUACUGAUUGAAGAUCUAACAUUGAUAAGAUAAAAUGUACGCCAGAUAACUCUUUGAAACUUGCUUUUUUAUACCAGAUUAUGCUUUAAUUCUGUAAUCAGGGUCAGAUUUAGUCAGUUUUUACUUGUCAUCAAGGAUGAAGUAUUAUUUUUUUGUUUACAACUUUGAUUUGGAUCAAAUAUUAAAUUUGAGUUUUCUGAAUUAUAAAAUAAAAUAUUUUUUUAUAAAUAUAUGUAAUGAAUAAUGUGGUUUUGUUACCCUGAAGAGUUUGUUGUUUUCCACCUGUGGCCUCUCUGUUUGAGUUGGUCUCUCUUGGUUUCAAGAAUAUUUCAUAACAUUAUAUAUUCAUAUGUGUUAGACUCCUACAAUCUGUACAAGUCCUGGUAAAAAGGAUGUGCUGCCCUCUUGUGGUUAAAUUGGUGCAUUACAAGUGGACUGUUAAGUGUUUUAAUAACUUAGUUACAAAAACAUCUUUACAGGUCUUGGAACUUUGAGGACUAUGCAACUAAUUUGACAUUUAUUCAUUUUUUUGACAUUAAUUCUUUUUUUUUUUUUUUUACAUCAAAAUGUAUUUGUAUUUAACAGGGUAUUUAUUAAAUCCUGAAACAGUGAACAAAAAUGUCCCUUUGCUAUACAUACUUGCACAUAUGUACUUACACAAAGUUCCUGACCAGUUUUUAGUCAUUUUGUCAUGUAUGGAUGAUUUUUGAUGAGUCCAUAAAUGUUUUUUUUUUCUUAAAAGAAUAUUUUAAAAUGUUGUUAAUUUUGUUAGUCUAAGUCAGGGGUAUUCUACCUUAGGUUUCACCGUUUCUUGGAUCUUUUGCUCCUUUGUUGUGGCUCUUUAACUAAAGAAAAACAAAAUGAUAACAAUAUAUUUUAUUUACAAAAAAAAGUUUUACUACUUUUAUUUUUAGUUAGAUUUGGAAUUAAUGGCUGUCGUCCUCCCACAACAGAAAGAAAAAACUUUGGAAUUUUUUUGUUUUUUUUUUACACUGUUGUUGACUUAAAAAAAAUAAAGAAGUCUUGGGUUGGUUCAAACUCCCAGUAAUAAGUGCCAAUCAGGAAAACAAAGGGUCCCAUUUGUGGAGGCUUUGACAUGACCCAUUUACAAAUUGGAACCCACAACCUCAGUGCAAAGUGGACGCUAAACCAUUAGACCAUUUAACUGGUAUACUAAAUGCAUCAUAUAAAUCAUAAAGUUAUUAAAUGUAUAUACUUAAAUGUAUAAGUCAAAUGCAAAACAUCAAUUUUACUGCCAGGUUUAUUCAUUGCAUAUUUUUUUCAGAUGUAAAGCUACUUCAAAGGGUGUUUUGUGUCUUUGAAUCUAAUUUAUUUGCUUGAUUUUGUGUUAAAGUGGUAAAAGGUAUAUUUUUUUUCAUAAACAAAAAAAAACAAGCUUCUAUUGAGGUAAAGAUACCUCUUGAAUUACAAACACUCACCUUAGAAAAGCUCCGCUGCGUUCAAUAACAGCUGGAACCACAAAACUUACCAUCUGCUUCUGGGAGAAAUCAAAGGAGAAUCUUCAAAAAGUUAGAUUUGCUGGUGUAUGACUUUCAGGUCUUUCAAGUCAGACUAAUGCAUUUUACAUGAUUCUUAAAAAAAAAAGGUAAAGUCUUUUGGAAAGAAAAAAAAUGUCCUGAAAAAUCAGUGUUUAAAAUAUUAGUUGUUAAAUAUUGACUAAUUAGACACAAAAAUACAAUUAAAUACAUUUGAAUCCAAAAUGUUAUCUGUUAAGUAAAUAAACUGAGGAGUCGUAUGAUGUUGAGGGUUUGCAGAGUUUGCAUCUGCAGAGUUUCAAGUAACAGAAUUCCUUGAAGGUAAAUAAUCUUGUCAAAAUCAAUCUGUUUAUAGCAGCAAAUGUGGUGAUACUUAUUUGGUUAAAGCUUAAACCUUCUGUUUAGACUUCAGUUUACAGAUGUUUAAAUGUUCAUGUGACAGUGAUGAUCAGCGGUGCUGACUGUCAUUGUUAUGAAGGGAAGCUGCUUUAGGGGAUACAGAAAUCAGCAUCAGCCUCCAUACAGCUGUUUGCUUCUUUUUCACAUGUGUGUCACAAAUGUGGCUAGACUCAUUUAACAAAUCGUAAAUACGGCAAAGUUACACAUUCUUUGAAGAGAUCUGAUUGUAGAACGUUUCUAAAACUAACAAGGAUCUUGUUAACAGGAAUGAUAAAUAACAAAAUGUCUCAACAGAAAUGUUUUGAAUUCUUUGGUAAAAGCUAUUUAAGUUACAAAAAAAAAAAAAA